ACGAAGAACGAGCUGCCAUGUUAAAAGCGCUGCGUCAAAGUCAAUCGCUGUUCAGUCGAUACUAUCUUAACGAAGAAUUCAAUGAUAUCAUGUUCAACUUCGAACUUCGUGACGAUAUUAUAAUCGGCCAGCCAUUCAGCGUGGUGUUGUUGAUUAAAAAUAGAAGCAACUACAACGAGUACCGAGUCUCGGUGAUCUUAAGGGUGGAAACGGUGCUGUACACCGGCCGGGUCGGCGACCCAGUGAAAAGAUUAAAUAUCGAUCGACUGGUGAAACCCGGAGUCCUCGAGGAGGCGCGUAUGGAGGUUUCCUGGGAGGAGUACGGUCCGCGAUUAUUGAAUCAGUGCGCGUUCAACAUCGCCUGUUUAGCUACCGUUAAGGACACCAAUUACGAGUACUUCGCGCAGGACGAUUUUCGCGUGAGGAAGCCGGACAUUAAAAUCAUGGUACGUACUGCGAUCACGCUUCUCUAUCUCGUGAACGAAACCAUUAACUCCGGAAGUAGUUUACGGUAAAGUCCUUAUAAAUAC